GGUAAUGGCGGCGUAAACAACGCAAAGAUCUCUCAAACUCGAACCGCUGUAAAAACGAACUGUAAAAAAUAAAGCUAUUACUUAACGGAAUAUGUUUUCGCCACUAGCAGGAUUUCUGCUAAGUGUACAAACUGUUGAUACUCAUCUGAUUCACCUCUCGGUGGUGUUAAACCGCUAGCUUCGGCUAACUUUUAGCUUUGUUUGCUAACUUAACGGAAAAGUCGUUAGUAGUUUGUAGAGAUGGACUGCGUCGUGACGGGAGGAAACGUGAAAGUGCUGGCCAAAGCCAUCCACUCUCUGUCCAGGAUCGGUGAUGAGCUGUAUGUGGAGCCUCAGGAAGACGGGCUGGCCCUGCGGUCUGUGAACUCCUCUCGGUCGGCUUAUGCUUGUUUCCUGUUCGCACCACUCUUCUUUAGCAGGUACACUAUCCCCAGUGGGCACGCCUUCCGCUGCAAGAUGGCAAUAAAGAGCGUGCAGGCUGUAUUUAGGUCUCUGGCAACUCUGGAGAAGACUGUGGAAAAGUGUCACAUCGAGCUGGACGAGCAGAAGAACCGACUCACCUUCACCCUGCACUGCAAACACGGCCUCACAAAGACACAUAACCUGUCUUUCCAGGACAGUGAGAGCUUGCAGGCAGUGUUUGAUAAAGACAGCUAUGCCAAUAUAUUCAGAUCCAGUCCCAGGCUGCUGGUGGACACAGUCGUGCACUUUCCUCCGUCUCUGGAAGAAGUGACUGUGUCAGUGAGUGAUGAACGGAUGUGGGUCAGGAACCAUGUGGAGGAGGAAGACCAGGCGAAAGCCAUGCUGACAGAGCUGUGUCUGGCCUCAGACGAGUUUGACCAUUUUGCUGUCCAAGCUCAUAACAGCGUCACCUUUUGUCUGAAGGAGUUACGGGGUUUGUUAGUGUUUGCAGAGUCUACAGGUCUCCCAGUUUCUAUGUACUUUGAUGAACCUGGCAGCCCUGUAGUGCUCUCAGUAACAGACAGUGUCCUAGAGGGGAACUUCGUGCUGGCCACGCUUUCUGAUGACCCCAACCACCGUAAAAACAACAGCAGACGAGCACACACACCGCCGCCCCCUCCCGAUGACUUCAUGAAUGACGACAUAGACUCCUACCUCAUCGCCAUGGAUACCAGUAUUGCACCAGGUCCCUCAGCCACAGGUCCGCCCACACCCCCAUCAGCUGAUUACACACAUUUAAAACAGACUCCUGCUGCAGCCACUCACAGGAUGAGGAUACACAGUGAGGAGGAGGAGGAAGAGGAGGAUGAAACAGACAAUUCAGGCGCACCGCCUAAUAAGAAGUUCUGUUCCUUGUUCUUUGGUUCAGUGCUUCCCCCGUCCUCUCAGAUGACCACUCAACCUGUGACAAGUCAGGAAGUGUUGGCGAGUGACAGUGAGGAUGACGUACAAUGAAGUGGAGUGACAGUGGACUGAUGGAUGAGAGGAGGGAGAUGGACUGACCCGAAUGUCGUAACUCUUUUACGCACAUGCAACCUGCAGCACUAGAAAAGAAAUAGACACCCUCAUUUUCCGUCUUCAGCAGCCUGUGCAGGUGUGGCACAGAGAUUUUUUUUUUUUUUUUUUUACAUGGUCAAAAAUAUGCAAAGACGGUGUACAGUACAAAAAAGGAUGGCCACUGCUAAUGUUUUAUUGAAUUAUAAUGUAAAUGUUGGACUAAAAAUGUGGGAUUAUGUGAAACUGGAC